AUGGAGCUUUUCAUCCGAAUGGGCGCGCAGGGCCUUCCCUUUUUCUACGAGGAUCAGUGGCGGUGGAAUCUGUUUGACACCGUCGUUGUCUUGACGCAAGUUGCAGACCUUGUGGUGAGCGUGAUAGAGCGGUCUGAGUCCUUCAGCGAGGCUGCCAGCCAACGAACCAUCCAAGGUCUCAGAGUGCUGAAACUUGUGCGAAUCCUGCGAAUCGCCCGGAUUGCUUCUGCUUUCCCAGAGCUUCACAUUCUCAUCAGCUCUAUCAUUGACUCGCUCCAGUCACUCUUCUGGACGAUGGUCCUGAUUUUCGCCUGUUUGUAUGGCGUUGCUGUGGUCAUUACCCAGGUCGUCUCAGACCAUAAGAUUGCGAUAGGCCGAGAGGUCAUGGAGCAGCACCAUGAGCUAAUGCUUCGUUUCUUUGGCUCCUUGGACUCCACGAUGGUGGCUCUCUACAUGGUGAUAUCUGAAGGCAUUCAUUGGAGUGAGCUCAUGGAUCAGCUUGAAGAGACACUGGGCGGUUGGGUUCGCAUCCUCUUCGUGGCUUUUACAGGAUUUGAGCUCUUCGCAAUGAUGAACAUCAUCACGGCCAUGAAAGUUGCAGCAAAGGCAGAAACAAAGGAAGUCUUGGACUCGCUGUGGGGUUUGCUUGGUCAAGAUGCAGCAAGAGAAGCGCACUCGGAUGAAAAGAUUGUCACCAGAGAGCAGUUCAUCUCGACCUACGGCCAUGAGAGCAUGCGCAAGUUCUUGGACUUGAUCAAUGCUCACACAGAGGAUCCCGACCACGUCUUCGCAAUGAUUGACAGAGAUGGCGAUGGAGCCUUGACAGCUACUGAAUUUCUUGUGUGCUGCGAGCGGCUGAUGGGCCCAUCCAAGGCGAGCAUGAUCGUGAGGAUUGCCAAUGAAGAGCAGAUUGGCGUGCAGACCGGAGCACCCAUGUUUGCUUCUGCCAAGUGGGCGUACCGGUCCUACCCCAAUGGUGAGCGCAAUCUGAUAGGCCGAGCAUCCAAGAAGCGCACCCGAUUGUCGGAGAGUGGCAAGCCCGACCCGAAAGCACCCGGAGAGAAUGCAGCGACCAGAAGGAGGGAGACGGGGCCUGGACAACAUCAGUCUAAGAAGGAGGAGGAGAAGCAUGUCCGGAAAGUGGGUCUGGGCGAGACAGCGGAGACAGUCUUGGCCAGGAUCCAGGACGCUGGAGCUGAAGCUGUUGGGCUGCACGUAGGUGAAGGAGGUGUCUCCUAUGCAAGCUUCUCGGAUGUACCUACUGCUGAGAAGGUAAAGUCGCACCUAGAGGGCUCGAGCAAGUGGGUCGUGCGCUUCGCAGAGAUGACCUCCGAAAGUAUUUCCGGAGUUCUGCUGCCAGGAAGUGUGGAGGCAACUGAGCACAUUGAGGUACCAGGCGUGCAUGUUGUGGAUAACUUCGUCACAGAUGAGGAGGCGUUUGCCUUAUUACAAGAGAUUGAUGCGCGGUCAUGGGACACAAGCAUCAAGAGACGCGUGCAACACUACGGCCACGCCUUCGAUUAUGCUACCUUAAAGAUUGCACAGCCGGGGAAUGUGCCGGAAAUACCUGCUUUCUCCAUGGACCUCAUUGCCCGACUGAGCCAAUCUGGUUUAAUGCCCAACGGAGUAGACCAGCUCACAAUCAACGAAUAUGAGCCAGGUGUUGGUAUUGCUUUUCACGUGGAUGCGCAUUCUGCGUUCAAGGAUGGGAUUGCUGCAGUCACGCUGGGCUCUGGAAUUGUAAUGGAGUUCAGGAAAGCUGACGAGACCAGUGGGAAGCUAUCUAUGGGAAGACACCAUCGCAUGGCACCGCCGCAGCCAGGAGCCGAUGUCUGCAAGAACAUUUGGCUUCCGCCAAGGUCCCUGCUAAUCAUGACCGGUGAGGCUCGAUUUGCUUGGCAGCACGGAAUAGCUUGGAGGAAAACUGAUUGUCUGAAGGAGGGCCAGGUUGUGACGCGCUCACGCCGUGUAUCUCUGACCUUUCGGCGCAGCAUGAAGAAACUCUCAACAUUCUGUGGCGACUUGGCUCCAAAAUGUCGGCUUUUGCCCAAUGGAGGGCAGACUGCCAAGCACGGAACAUCAAAGUACUUCUGUUCACUCACCUUCCUCUACUUGCUGCCAGCAGCAGAGUACCGCAAGCUGUUCAUCUGGGAGGUCUUGUUCUUUGUGCUGACCUGCACCCGCAACGACUCCACAGUGCAGAGCGGGCUUGUUUGGAGGACAGCGAAGGACUUGGUCCGUGUCCAGAAGAACAAAGCCAAAGCUUGGGACUGGCACCAGCUCCUGAGGCCUGGAGUCGUCAGUGGAGUUUUCCUUGCACCGCCCUGGUCAGACGAGGGCUUGCUGCCGCGAGGGGAAGCAGCCUUCACAGUGCGCCGUUUGGGCGCUGGUCUAGAUGCCGCCAAGCUGCUGGAGGAUUCUCUCAAGCUGGGGCAAGGUGCUGCCCUCUUCCUGCCACGUGUGACGCCAAACUGCGAGGUACAAGCGCUGGCAGUGCGGGCCCAGUCUGAUGUCUUUGUUCAGGCUCCAGGUCUCUCAGUCAUGAUUUUCAGAUGCUUUGAGCAGCUGAGCCAAGGGGCCCACGACAUGAGGGAAAAGCGACUGGACUGGAAAGGUGGUGAUGAGACAGGGUCUCAGGAGCUUGCCUCAUCUCAGGAUCUCUCUUGGGCACGCAAGCAGCUCGACAAAGAGCAGCUGCAAGAUCUGCUCCUUCGCCUGGAGGAAGGCAGCCUCAGUCUUUCCACUGAACUGCGUGAGGGCGUCGAGUUUUACCUCUCACAGUUUGAGGAUGGGCAGGUGGUCUCUGAAGAGGAGUUUUACGUAGACAGAGAUCUAUAUGCGGAGCUGCAGCCUUCUGCCCCAGAGCCAGAGCAGCCCUACACCAGAAUCUUGGCCUCAGAGGUGGAGCUAGCAGCCUGUGAGGAGCUCAAGGCAUGGACGGAGACAACUCCGCAUGGCCUGACCAAGCUCCGGAAGCUGAUGGAGAAGCAUGCAGAUUGUGCAGAGGUGCAGGAAGCUGGCCUGACUCGCUCGGGUGGGUUGUUGGCGGAGGUCAAAGCUGGCGGAAAUGCUGUGCCUUCUGGCUGUGGCUUCAGCCCCGCGUCGCUAUGCCCUCUUGUGCUGGAGGCCAUGGGCCGAUUCCCACGUGAUGCGGGUGUUCAGCGGGUAGCGUGCAGUGUACUCAGAGGAAUUGUCGUGACAGAUGGUGGCUGCACUGUGGUGGCGGAUGCAGGAGGAGCGGCGCGGGCAGUUGAUGCCGUGAAGGCCCACCUGAUUGACCCAGAGGUUUGCAGAAUGGGUGCAGCGGUUCUGUACGCCAUGGUCCAGAAGACAGACCCGGCAUCUCCUGAGCGCUUAAUGAUGCGCACCACCAAGGCGCACCAGGUGCUUGCGGAGGCAGAAGCAUGGGGAAACGCCUGA